GGCUCGAGCUGCAGCGCCUGGAAUCUUGGAACUCGAGAAGUUCUUAUCGCGACCUCCACGUUGCGUGUCAGUGACCGGUAACAAACAACAUUGUCUCGGACAGGACUGUUUACACGCGACGCACGGGCGCGAGGCAGGAGGUGGUCCGUGGCGCUGGAUAUAUAAAGCCAGCCUGGGAGGCAGGUGGAGGUCUUACAGCAGGUCGCAUCAACAGGAAUACUUUGCGCAAAUAACACACUGCUCCAACAAGCUCAUUUCAUUUCAUUUUUUUUUUACAUUUGCAUGCGUUCAUGCAUAAAUCGGAUUAAAAAGAGAGCUGAUAUUAUUUAUUUAUUUAUUUAAUUCCCUAUUUAUCAUGGAAUUACGGAUUCUUUUCCCCAUGAUGUCUGUGCUUUCUUCAGGAAUCUUUCACACAGCUCUACAGUCUGUGGGUGAAGCCGCACUCAGCACGCGCCACUCCAGACCCAAGCGAUGCUCGUGCGCCACUUUGCUGGAUAAAGAGUGCGUGUAUUUCUGCCACCUGGACAUCAUCUGGGUCAACACUCCGGAGCGCACGGUGUCGUACGGACUGGGCAGCGCGGUGCGCAGGAAGCGCUCAGCGCGAGAGCCGGCGCGCUGCGAGUGCGCGGACAGCACCGACGGCACGUGCGGGUGGUUCUGCCGCACGCGCAUCACAACGAGUCGUAAGACAGCGCGUGACAAGGUGAUCCCUCUCGCCGGAGGCCAUGACUGUGCCGAGAAGAAGUGUAAAUACGAUCUGGCUGCCAAGACGUCUGGGAGAAAAAGGGUUCGCAAAAGGGCCACUAUGGAGCUCCGGCUUCUCCUGGAGAAAUGGCGAACGAGGUUGUCCCACAGAGCACGAGACCGGACUGAUGAGAGUAUGCCAUCCUAGAGGCGGACGCACGGCGCAGGACUUUUACGAGCCACGCCGAGAAAUUGGCUUUUCCGAACGUAGACAACGUUCUCCUGAAGAACUAAUGCUUGGACCUUGACACACACACAGACACACCUGACAAGCUUUCACUGGGAAGCUUUGGGACUUUUUUUUUUUUUUGGAGAAAACAAGGACCUUUUUUUAAAUCCUGAAGUUAAUCUCAACAGCUCAAGACUUUUUUUUUUUUUUAACCAGGAACAAUCAUGUGCUACAUCCAUAUACAGUGCUUCGACCUUUAUUUUGCUGUGGUUCAGAUCUCUUUUCCAAGCUGUGUAGCGAUAGAGCUGAAACUACUGUAUAAUCCCUGUAAUGCAUAUUUAUAAAAGCAUUUGUGGAAGAAUGCAUUUAAAAGCAGGCCAUAUUGGCCCAAGCCGUGGUGAUAUUUCUGUGAAAUGCUGUCGUUACGUAGCCACGAUGGUGGUCUGCAUUAUAGGAAAUAAAUCAUUAAUAUUAUAUAAAAUGAAGGUGACUUUUCUCCAUGUUAUAUUCAUUUACAAUGGCUUGAAAUCA